GAGAAACAUCACUAGAAAGGAGAAAGGGGAAAACAUUGCCAGGAGGAGAAAUUGUGAGUCAUCAAGGCGGUCCCGACUGUGAAUCAAAGACUGCACGUCCGACUGCGCCCCCGAAACUGCAUCAUCAGGACUGCUACAUCAGCAAAGACAAAAGAAGGAGAGAGAGCGAGCGAGCGAGCGAGCGAGAGAGAGAGAGAGAGAGAGAGAGAGAGAGAGAGAGAGAGAGAGAGAGAGAGAGAGAGAGAGAGAGAGAGCGGUGCGGUGGCGGGCUGCCAUUUUGUCGAGACUACCUUUCAUCUUGUCGGUAAUCACCGAGCUUUGUCUUCGCGGCUUCGGCUACGCGUUUUUAAUUCAUGUUCAGUAUCAGGAGGAAGAGAAGGAAACACAUCAGGAGGAGGAACGUGUUUCCUUUCUUCAGUAAGAGGCAGCAGUUUGUGUCACGCACUCGAGGGUUGGCCAUUUUUUGAUUACUUCUCUCUCUCUUUCUCUCUGUUGCUGCUGCUGCCCUGACGCAGGAGUUUGCUUCAUCAUUUCUCCCCUCACCUGCCAGUCGUCUGCCGUUUUUUGUCCUCAUGACUGCCGCGGGAUUCGAUUUCCAACGAUGAUGGGGCCGUUGUAUAUUCCUUAAGAUCUUCAUCAUCAUCCUCGGCAUCAACAUCAAGAAGGAGUAACACUUAUGACAACGGCGAGUCGUGUUUUCUGAAUCAACGAGGAGCAUCAUCGCCGUGAUCCUAGGCCAAUGGACUCAUUAUCUGACGAGUUGUUAAUACGCAUCCUAGCGGAUGUGGCCGCGCAGGCCACUUGUCCAAGAGACUUCGGGAAUCCGAUGUUAACAUGUCGGCGGUUCCUGCAUUGUAUGCUGGAUGACCUAGUGCUCCAGGUAGUUGCUGAUGCAGUGCUGGCCAUUCCUGCCGCAAAGUGGUGUAAAGGAGCUGAGGAAUUUCUGAGGAAGGCUGCCAAUGCAGGGUGCACCGAGGCCGCAUACUUUCUGGGAAUGGUUCUGUUUUACUGUGACCGGGUUGAGCUACGGGACGCAAUGCGAUACCUGGCGCAGGCUGCAAUAUGCGGCCACCCCUUAGCUUUGCAUUCAUUGGCUAUUAUAUUGUUCAAUGGGAGUGGAAUGGGGCCGGGUGAGAAGAACCUCGAAGCGGGAGUGGCACUUUGUGAGCGUGCGGCGUUGUUGGGGAGCACAGACGCGUUGCGUGAUUAUGGACACUGCCUUCAGGAUGGAUUUGGAUGCAAGAUGGAUGUCGAGACCGGACGGUGGGUUCUUCUGGAAGCGAACAUGAGGGAAAUGGUAGGUUUCGUGGUUCCACCACAGCCAGUGAUGCCUGCGAGCGGUGGUGUGUCAGAUCUGUUGAAGAUGGUAUGCAUCGGAGGCGGUUUUGCAGUGUGUGGGGAGUCCUCUGCGACCGAAGGGGGGGCUUCGACUUCGGCGACCGAAGGGUCGUCCUCGGUGGCGCCGAUAACCACCCGGGGUGUGGUCAAGGAGAAGGACAAGGGGUCAGGUUCAUCGAAUCGGAGAGGUCGGCGAGUAGCACCGAGUCCAUACUCAGUCGAUUGGUAUCUACAACGCAUAUACCUGAACGGACAUGCCCGGAACGAGCCAGAAGUUGACUCUCACUGUGGGGCUUCCAAAGAGCAUGAACUGCCCGAUGCGGUCGAACGAGCUACAGCGGAGGGUGUUCGUGUGAGGAGAGCUUGCCUGUUUGGUGCGAACUGCAUGUAUUCUCAGGGCAGGGUUCCGCAUGCCGCCAACCAGUUUCUGAUAGAUUGGUUCAGGAUGCACGCACUGCCCCCGGGUUGCCGACAAUGCCUUGAAAAAAGCUGCGGGCGGCCGGAGACUCGUGCGGAAGAGUUCUGGAGGUGCUCCUCCUGUAGUUAUGCGAGCUACUGUUCCCGCUCUUGCCAGACUCUUGAUUGGAGGUCGAGACACCGAAACGAGUGCCGGCCUGGUGCUCGCCCCCAAGGGAGGGCGCAACAGCAGCAGCAGCCAGGUGCCCGCGUGCUUUGAGUUGUGCUCUGUAGCACUUCGAUGGGCAGGUCUCUGGAGUUUGUCUGGUUGCGAGGUGUGCAGGUUGGAUGGACCUCGUCCUUCUGAUGAAAGAUAUAGUCGUCCUGCCUGUGAGAUUUGGCGAUCCUGCUAAUCACUGGUGCUCUGUCUUCUCUACAGAGGCGGUUUUCCAGCCUGUCGAAAGGCAGCUUUUCUUUCCAUCUGUCAAAAGUAACCAGGUGACCAGUGGAGGUGGGAGGUGGUUUGAUGUGCAACCCACUCCACCCUCUAGUGCUUUGACGCUUGUGCCUCCCUGGUCCUGAUAUAUUGUCUGCUCUGAUCUGCUUUGACGCUUGUGCCUCCCUGGUCCUGAUAUAUUGUCUGCUCUGAUCGUCCUAACCUCCACAAUGACCCAUUUGAUGCAUAACUAAUCAGACUUUCUUUCUCUCUCUCUCUCUCUCUCUCUCUCUCUCUCUCUCUCUCUCUCUCUCUCUCUCUCUCUCGCACACACACACACACACACACACACACAUACACACACACACACACACAUGGGGCUGUUGUGGGGAAAAUCUAAAACACACACACACACACACACACACGCACACACACACGGAAAAAAAAAUCCACAACACGCACGUGCACAUGCGAGCGUGCUUGUGCUUGCCUGCCUGUCUGGUCACGCACACACACAGACACACAACCUCCUGAUGAGGCGAUGAAAGUACGACAAAGUAGUCUGGCACAGUCGUUCUUUUUUUGUGGAGUUGUGUGUAGUGGACAUGACCACACACACAUUGAUCUAUCUCCUGUCCCUCUCUGACUUUCUUUGUGGAAUUCGCUUUGUUGCUCUUUUUUGUCUCCUGUCCCUCUCUUCUGCUGUAGUGGCGAUUUGCGGCGGUGGAAUUGCUGUUUGUAUUGUAUUUCAUAUUGCUUGAAGCUUCUCACUAACAUUCUUGAACGCUGUUCCUGUGCACUUGCCUUUGCCGCCAACAUGAUGCCGCACAUUCCGCUAACCCCUCCGCCGCUCCGAACACAGACGUGUACGUUGACUUCAAACACUUGAUCUCUUGCUGUCCUGGGCACUAUCCUACUUUGUGGGCACUUCUUUCGUAGUUUUGCUCACAGCCAGUUUGUACACUGUAACGGGGCUAUACGAACAGCCACUCUUCUGCAUGGAAGGCCACUUUGUGCUGUCGAAAGUAGGACGACUCUGCAUGUCCGCCACAUUUCUUGAUUUCUCCGUUGAAGAGUAGUGUUAGCAACGAGUUCGACCAUGGUGCAGAACGUGCUUAGUCACUGGAGGUCCCUUGCACACUUGCGCUCUCUUGAUAGGUAGGCCAUAUCAAGUCCCAUAACUUUCAAUAGCCAGUAUCUAUUUUUUCCAACUUAUCUGUCUCUGAGCUUUCUGGGGAAACAGCUUCCGACUCGAUGGGAUUGCUGCGACUGCUUCAUUUCGGGUGUGCUUCGCAAAAACGACGUUUUUUUUUUUUUCUGAGAAAAAUUGGAGUUUCUUCUCCUUACGGAUUUGGACGCAGUGUUUGUUUGUUUGUUUUUUUUUUUUUUUUUUUUUUUUUUUUUUUUCAGACCUCAAUCCCGAUCCCCAUUUUCCCAUCCCUCCCCUCUACCACUGCAGACCCCAAUGCCCGUAGGUGCCGUCUUCCACUGCAAAUCGCAAUGCCCAACCUUUCUCUCUAGCUGCCCAACCUUUCUCUCUAGCGAUGUAAGAAAUCAUCUAUAUGGCUCAGAUGUUCUUCCAUCCGUUUUUAUACGGGAACUAGCGAUGUAAGAAAUC